UUUAAUAUUUAUAUAGAACUGCAGCUCUGCUAAGGCGGAAGAGCUGUCCUAAGAUAGCACAGCAAAAUCAAAUUGAACCAGUGAGACAUUAUUACUAUGGGCAGAUAAACUCAAACAAUAGUACCAUUUACAGUUGCCGGCGCACACAUUUGCAUAUGAGGAAAAUAGGCAAAUUAAGUGUGACACUCUUCCCGUCACAAUGAAAGAGUGAUGUUCUGAAUGUUGUACAGUGUGGAGAGAGAGUUUGUUGGAUGUGUGUGUGCUGUUUGGAUUGCGAGAAGACACCGGGAGAUGCUCACAAUGGAGCAAAUAGAGGCAGCUAUUUACCUGAAGAUGAAGAAAUCUGGUAGUCUAAAUGAGAAGCAGAUGGAAAAAAUGGAGGGAGUGGGGAGGGAUCUUACUGUGGACAGAGGACAGAGAGAGGACAUCCUCAGGUGGUUUGUGGAGACUCAGGCCGUGUCAGUGCUGUGUGAUGGAAGUUUUCCGCCCUGGUUCCAAGGCUUCAUCUCCAGACAGGAUGCAGAAGAUAAGCUCAGAGACAAGAGUGUUGGUUGCUUCCUUAUCAGACUCAGUGAAAAAGCCAUUGGAUAUAUUCUUUCAUACAAAGGACAUGAUCGUUGUCGCCAUUUUGUCAUAAAUCAAACCAAAACUGGCCAGUUUGUUGUUUCUGGUGAUUCUAUCCUUCAUAGCAGUCUCACAGAGCUGAUAUGUCACUUUAAAACUACACCUAUCCAGCCUUUUGGAGAGUACCUCACUUCCUACAACACAGACUCCGUGGUAGAGGACCCCACAAAUGAGCUUUAUGAUAUGGUUCAAAGUAAGCACAGUGUUAACUUAGGAGUGAGUGUUAAGGCUUUAAGAAGUUUGUGGGAACAAACCUGCGAUGUUGCUCAUGGGACGCCUACGGUUCUGUCCACUAAAAGUGGCCGCAAGCUCACUACUUCUACCUCUUUUGACAGGAACAGCCUCUCACAGGACACAUGGAAUUCACCUGUGCCAAAAAAAACUGCACCACUUCGGAAUUCUUUAAGUGCUAGCUUUGCUGGUGCACAUCCUUCACAUGAACAACACAGCUAUUCCGAACCAAGCACAUCUGGAAGGUCAGGGGUUGAUGAGACAAUUAAUGGCAGGAGAAGUUAUCUCUGGGAUACUGAGGGCUCCAACUCUCAGCUGAAGUGGCCAGAGAACAGCUACAUCCCUACUACAUCUAUACAAACAACCCCCAAAAAAGAAAACUGGAAUAGGUCACUCCUUUUCCAGGAGGAAAACAGUGAAGAGCCACAGUCUCUGACCAAUAACACUUGCAACCCUAUGCCCUCUUCCACUUCACAACCUCCCUUACUACCACCCAACACAGCCUUCAGCUCUUAUGCUGUACUUGACUUUAAAAAGCCCCAUAAUGGUGCUGGCCAAUCGCCUUAUACUGGGCAGGUAGCGCUGCAACCCAAUUCACGCUACCAGACAUCCUCCGGCAUUUGUGCUGGGCAGGAGGACCAGCCUGAGCCAGAUUGUAACAUCCAUGCAAAGACCAUCUACAAUACCCUUUUAGUUGAAAACCCCUACCAAGUCAUACCUGACCAAUGUGACAACGACAGCUAUGAGCACAUCCCUGAAAUACAGGAGAACAAUACCUAUGAGGAUAUCCCAGGGAUAUUUAGCGACACUUAUGCAAGUUUGGAGGAGAUUCAACCACACAAAGAGAACUCCUGGGGAAAGAAGAAUCAGAAGUGGUGGAAAUUCCGUCCAGAGAGUUGGAAAAAGUAAGAAUACUAUGGUCAUCAUAGUAUUUUACAGAUUGCUAGAGUUCUAGGUGAAGGCAAAAGUUAAGAAAAAUAUUUGUAUAAUUGUUUUCUUACAUUUUGUUCUGCUAUAUAUGUUCAGAGAUUUAAAGUCAUUAUUUUAAUGUUGGUGUAUGUAUUACAUAACUGUCUAUCAGUAGAGUAAAGGUUCCAUUGUUACGACAUGCUGAAAAUUGUUGAUGCAAAUACAAAGUGAUAGUUCAAAGUGAUGAUUUUGAUCAAAUGUAUUUUUAUAUGAUAUUUAAAUAACAUCUCUGAUCAUAUCUUUUAUUAUUAUUAUUAUUAUUUGUAGUGUGGAGGAGGGCGGGGUCAGGCUGGAACAACGCACGCCCAGUCCCCAAUCAGCCUGAUGGGGGCGCGCGAGGGAUAAAUGCGGCCAGUGAUGCCAGUUCGAGAGAGAAUGACAGGCAGCUGCUCUGUGUGUUUAUGUUUGUUUGUGCGUUGUUCCAGCCCGGCCCUGCCCUCCUCCGCUCUACAUUAUUACUAUUGCAUUUCCUGCUGUUUUUAUUUUUUAUUUUUUGAAGGACCAUGUCUUUCUACUCACUUAAGACUGGACAUGUAAUUUAGUUUUGUGUGUACUGAAUUCUUAGUCUGUCAGCUUUAAAUGUACAGUUUCUGAUACAAUAGAAAACACUGUACCCAGUAACUCAAUAAAGC